CACACACACAAAACAAGGCAGACGUAAGCAAGGUAUAAAAGGUAGCUAGGUAUGUGAUUCUGAGAAGACAGAUCGAUCACAUCUCACAGGAAGUCAAGAACAAAGCCAACAUGUUUUGGACAAGAUAUGCUGGAGCAAGUAUAUUAUUGCUACUGAUGCUUAUUCAUCUUGGACAACUGUAUCCAAGAAAUGAUAUGAACUUUGGAUGUGAGGAGUGCAAACUCAAGGAGAACAACAUUUUCUCAAAACCUGGAGCUCCUGUCUAUCAGUGUAUGGGAUGCUGUUUUUCUAGGGCUUACCCCACACCCCUGAGGUCCAAGAAAACCAUGCUUGUUCCAAAAAAUAUCACAUCAGAAGCUACAUGCUGUGUAGCCAAAGAAGUUAAACGGGUGCUUGUCAAUGAUGUAAGACUAGUGAACCACACAGACUGCCACUGCAGCACCUGCUACCAUCAUAAGUCUUAAAAAAAA